UCCUUGCGACGUGUAGUGGUUACUUCGAUACGUGGAUUCCGAAAGGAGAAAGUAAGAGUGGAUCUGACGUUGCUAGAGCGGCAUUCGUAUUUGCAAACGUUAUUCGUUUCGGAAUUGGUGGUGUAGGACGUUAUUACUGUUGAAGGCUUAUUGGUUUAGUCAAUACUGUUGAAGGCUUAGUAGCUCAUUUUCCGGCGAUCAAAUAGCUCUGAAACAAUGCCCGCUCCAGCUAGUUCUACAUCCGUCGGAAGCGGAAGUCGCUCUCCCACAAAACCAUCGUCGGCACCACGGGCUAGCGCAGGAGGUUCUAGCAAUCUUAAGCAACGAAAGACAACCACUACAGCGACUGCAGCACGAAAUCGCACUACAGGAACCGGAUCUGGUGGAAUGUGGCGUUUUUACACCGAUGACUCUCCCGGUAUCAAAGUUGGUCCAGUUCCGGUUCUGGUGAUGUCUCUACUGUUUAUUGCAUCCGUUUUUAUGCUGCAUAUUUGGGGAAAAUACACUCGCUCUUAAGUAGUAUCAUAUCUAAGAAUAACGUAAACUGGUAAGCACAGCAAAGGAUACGGUAAAUGUAAUUCUUAAUAUUUAGAGCCUACAGAAAUUAUUUUUAGUUGUUUUGCAAUAGUAUGGAGAAGACAUUGUUUUCCUAAAUGAAAAACAAUCCGUUUCACAUCAAUUUGCUGUAUAAUUUAAGUCAUUCAUGAAAAAUACCCAUGUUCGUAUGCAAAAUAUAGCAAAAAUGAUUACACAAAA